AUGGAAGAACAGAUCAGAGACCUCGAACGACUAAACAAAGAAAAGGAAAGAAAGAUCAGUUCAAUGUCCGAAGAGAUGCAGAAAUUGAAAAGCGAAAUGAUUGAAAAGGCGAAGGUUACAGAUGUCCAAAGGAAGGAAAACGAGGAGAGAGACCAGAUGCUAAUUAUUUUGGAAAGCACGGUCUCAGUUCUCUCGAUGGAGAAGGACACUUUGCAUCGAGAUCUACAGCAAAACGAUAAAAGCCGAGAAGAAAUGCAAAUGAAAAUGAACAAGCUGAAUCAGGACCUGGAAGGACUUCGAAAAGAGAAUGGAAGGAAAGAAAAGAACAUAGAAAAGCUGAAGAGGGAGAACGAGAACAAGACCUUGAAGAUGAAAGGUUUAGAGAACGAGUUACAAGUCCUCACCAUUCAGACACAGAUGGCCCACGAAAAUUUGAAAGAGCUCGAAAAAUGUAAAAGAGAAUCAGCUGAGAAAAACGAGGAACUGGAAAAGCUGAGAGAACAGAACUUGCAGAAGGAUAGCGAGAUCCUUCGACUGGAAAAUGAAUGCACCCAGAAACAAUUGGAAGUCAGCGGUUUACUGAAAGAAUCUAAAUCUGUUGUAGCAGAACAACCGACGGCAAAUGGAAAGAUGAAUGACCUGAUUAGGAGGAACGUUCAACUUGAAUUCGACCUUGCUGAGGCGAAGGAGCAACUAGAGACCAGGGUUUUUGAAGAGAUGGAAGCAUUACUGGAAAUCGUAAGACCCCAUGAAGAGAUCUUGGCGCAGGAUACGAUGAUCAGCUGCUUGGGAAAGGUCAAAAUCCUUAAUGGAUCAAAGAAUUAUAAAGAAAAGGAAGUUUGCAGAAGAGAGAGGACGUUAACGAAAGCUGAAGACAAAAAGGCUUCGGAUAAAACUCGGUGUCUGAGGAAGCCCCAGAUCAACUGCAAAGCCCUCUACCGACGAAUGGACAGCAUCGAGGAAGAACUUCGCCAAAUCAAAGAAUUGCAACGACCUUCAGCUGGCACCAAGAGGCACUCAAAGGCCCCAAAUGAAACUCCAUCAAUUGAGAAGCCUCUAAACAGAGACGAAUUGCACCAGAAAAUGGGGCUGAUAUCUGCAGCCAACCUCCAACGAUUGGAGCGAGAAGCUAAAAUGGUCCGAGAACUCUACAAGAUAAACGCCGUCACGUAA